GCGUAUGGUCGCUUGUGGUGGCACUCGUCCAGAUAGACUAUAAGGUUUUGGACGUGCUCAAAACUUUAAGCUGUGGCGAAGCUCCACUUUCCCGUAGGCUACCUUGUCCAAAGUUCUCUCCUAUGUUUUUCAUUGUCUAUGCAUCUUAGCUGUAGGUAGAUCAGAUUUAUAGCCGAGAUGUACAACACUAGUUGGACAUAAUAGGUAUAUUAUUUUAGCCAUUAUAGAGAACAAAAGUUACGUACUCGUUUAGAGGUAUUUCUCGUUUGGAAAAUCAGACUGUAGAACACCAUAUCGCUCUGCAAUGGAAGUGCCUCCAUGCAACUCUGUGUCCGUGUUUUGCUCCAAAGGACUACAGACUCUGCUACUGCUCUGGUUUUUAACCUUCAGCACUCACGGGACGUGGGCAACGAUGCAUAGAAAGUUUUCAACCAGCUCACAGCUCAACAAAGAGAUGUCCACAUCAUCACGAACACCCAUUUACGAAAAAAGAAACUGGUGCCCCCACACUGCAACUAAGACGGUGACAUGCCACGUGCACAAUGGAACAAUUCUUCAGCGUGUGUAUCAGACCUGUCGUUGGUCUCAAGGUUGUACAGGGGGAAGCUAUCGCACUGUGGUGCGACCAUCCUAUAAGGUGGUAUACCGCACUGUUACCACUCUUGAAUGGAGAUGUUGUUCAGGCUUCACUGGAGCUCACUGUGAGAACGCAUCACAAAAUCAGCCACUGCCUCAGGAAGCUGUGCGAAAACAGGACUCCGUUACCAAACCUUCUGCACAGGAAGGGGAAAUUCAAAACUGCCUGAAUUGUAGUCAAAUAACUUUCCUGUCUGAGCGCCUAAGGACUCUGGAGACAAGGGUUCAGCUCUUCACUGACCCUGCCUCCUCCCCUGACCACCUGCAAGUCAAAGGUGGGUCAGCACCAGGGAAACCAGGGUCUCGUGGACUCCCAGGCCCAAAGGGGGAAGCAGGUGUGAGAGGUCCUGCUGGAGCACAAGGGACUUCUGGACCCUCAGGACCCCGUGGACCACCAGGUCUCCCAGGGGAAAGAGGACUACCUGGUCCUCCUGGCCCUCCAGGUUCUCUUGUAGCACAACCAGACAUAGGUCAGUCAAAAGACUUGCUUCUAUCAAAUGCUUUUCCAGACCAAAGGGGGGCAUCUGUGCAAGGGCCCAAAGGAGCAGUAGGUCCUCCAGGACCAGUUGGCCCAAUUGGACCUCCUGGAAAAAAUGGACUGAUUGGGAAGCCAGGGGCUCCUGGGGUUCAGGGCCCAGUUGGGCCAAAGGGUGAACGAGGAGAAAGAGGGCCUUUGGGAUAUCCAGGUGAAAGAGGGUUCAAAGGAGAUACGGGAGAACCAGGAGCUAAGGGCGAGCUAGGAGAGAAAGGCCUCCCGGACAUUAGUUUGCAGAUGUACCGUGACCUGCAAGCAGACCUUGAGCUUCUGGCUCGCAGGGUGCAACUGCUGGAGGCAAUCAUCUGGCCAGAGCCAGAUAUUGGAUCAGGGGAUGGACCCUUUAGCACCACGUCAGCUGAAUUCUCCCGGAACAAGAGGACAGGCCCUUUGCCACCUCAUGUCCUAUCAUCUCUUCAGACAGCAAAUCGAAAUUCUCAUGGGAAAUGAUCCUUUUGACCAAGAAGUUAUGAAGAUGUUGAUCUUCUGAGAUGUCUCUUAGAGAGGCAACACCUCCAAUAUCCUUUCAUUUCACUGAUUUUGUGGUUAAUGGUUAUCCAUGAUGUCCUCCCCAGGACAUACAGUAUGAUUUAGUAAAGAUGGGAGAAAACCUCAGGGAAGAUGGGUGGAUGUGGUGGGGACUGCCUCCCUGGAAAUCUCUUGCACGUUCUCCAUCAGUUCAUUGUAUAUGUAUUCUUCGUCAUCAGUAAUUCAUUCCUGAAAGUGAAGUUGUCUAUAGUCACUAUAGAUAUAAAACAUUCUAGAAAACAAAGAAAAGCAAACUGGAAACAUAUGCUUAAAGUAUUAUAUGCAUGGUCUGCAAGGAACCAGUUGUUUCAUUACUCAAACCACAAUUGUGUAUGUUCUUCCUGUAUGACAGUAAAACCAAUGUAUUUAAAAUGUUUUAAUAUUUGUUAUAUCAAUUUGUAGAAUCAUGAACAUGUACAGGCCUGGUAAUAAAUAAAUUCUCACUCAAAAACGAAGCAUAUAGUUUGGGAACAUUGAAGUGCAUAUUUACUCCCCGCUGAAAAAAAGCAGCCUGACCAGCAGAAGGUGGUUUGCUGGGUGACCAGCUUGUUGGUUUACCCAGCUUACGAUGGUAAUUCUGUUGGAUUUGCUUGUGGAACCACCUCAUACUGGUCAUUUUAGUUGGUGAUGAAAGCAUAUGUUACUUGGAUGCUUUUCAGUGAAUUCCUUCUCUCGAUAUUUACUCCUGCAGUAUUGUUAAAGAAAUGCCUAUCUUGUUUCCUGUCUAUAAUGUUAAGGCAGUACAUUUAUUGACACCCCUCAUUGUCAGUUUUAUGCAUUCAGGUCCCGGUAGACUUUGAUAAUGUAACAAUAUUGUAAUAAAAAUCCCUUCUUAACAAAAAAAACAUGUAAUGUAAUUCCUGAUGAUGUAAUAAAGUGCAUUUCCCAUUAACGUUAUGUCUGUACCAAUAACGUAACAAAUUAUUACAGUAGGUGAGUGCCAUGGAGCAGUGGGGUGGGACCGUAAGA